ACCAUCAAAGUAAUUAACACUACCCCAUCAUCCGCACCAUACACCAAUCCAAGACAUGAGCCCUUCUUCUUCACUCCCUCUCCUCCUCAUCCUCUUAUUCUGCAGCAUCAAACUCGGGUUCUCCGCCUGCCACGCCGACGAUGAGGCGGGCCUAUUGGGUUUCAAGUCGGGCAUUACGGCCGACCCCUCGGGGAUCCUCUCGACGUGGAAGGCGGGCUCCGACUGCUGCACCUGGGCAGGCGUAGCAUGCCGUGAAAACAACCGCGUCACGAGCCUCGCCCUCACGGGCCAGCCCGAUAAGCCCUCGGGUUACCUGUCGGGGACGAUCUCGUCUUCUCUGUCCAAAGUCCAGAACUUAGAUGGCAUCUACCUCAUCGACCUCAGGAACCUCACCGGUCCUUUCCCGAGUUUCCUAUUCGGGCUGCCGAAGCUUCUGUAUGUGUACAUAGAGAAUAACAUGCUCUCAGGCCCGAUACCGGGAACCAUCGGGAAACUGAACCAGUUCGGUGCAUUAAGCCUGGAGGGGAACCGGUUCACCGGUCCGAUCCCUAGCUCGAUCUCCAAGCUGACGCAGCUCACUCAGCUCAAACUCGGAGGGAAUCGUCUUACCGGAACAAUCCCGGCCGGGAUUCAGAAACUCAAGAACCUAACAUUUCUGAGCCUGGAAAGGAACCAGCUCACUGGGCCAGUACCGGACUUUCUGGGAUCCUUGCUGGAUCUUAGGAUCCUCCGGCUCUCCUACAACAAACUCUCCGGCGGCUUCCCGGCAGGCAUUUCUUCCCUGGCUCCAAAAUUACAGUACCUCGAACUAGGCCAUAAUGCCCUCACCGGACGAAUCCCGGAAUUCCUAGGAAAGUUCACGGCACUGGACACGUUGGACUUGUCGGCGAACCGGUUCUCAGGGACGGUUCCGAAGAGCUUCCAGAAUCUCACCAAGAUCUUCAACCUCAACCUCUCCCACAACCUUCUACAGGACCCGUUCCCCGCGAUGAACGUUAAGGGCAUCGAAUCCUUGGACUUAUCAUACAACAUGUUUCACCUAGGUAAGAUCCCGAGCUGGGUCACGUCGUCCCCGCUCAUAUACUCCCUGAAAUUGGCCAAGUGCGGGAUCAAGAUGAAAUUGGAUGACUGGAUCCCAAAAGAGACUUACUUCUACGACUACAUCGACUUAUCCGAGAACGAGAUAUCGGGCACCCCUAUAGGGCUACUGAACCGAACCGAACUCCUCGUGGGCUUCUGGGCCUCAGGCAACAAGUUGCAGUUCGACAUGGGGAAGCUGCCGAUCGCGAAGUCGAUGAAGCAGUUAGAUCUGUCCCGGAAUCUAAUAUUCGGGAAGGUGCCGGAUGCGGUGUCGGGUUUGGGUAGCUUGAAUGUGAGCUAUAACCAUCUGUGCGGGAAGCUCCCGGCGACGAAGUUUCCGGCGAGUUCUUUCGUCGGUAACAAUUGCUUGUGCGGCUCGCCGCUGGCUCCUUGCAAAUAGUGACGGCGGCGACUCGACGCCGUUAGAAAGGACGGUUGAGAUGUAUCGGUUGAUGUAACGUUGUGACGGUGCUAUUAAUUGAGUGGGGCAACAUUAGUAAUGAAUAAAAGGGUCCGAAUGUGAUACUAUGUUGUGAUGAGGGUUCAUUAAUAGUAUCUAUCUAUAUUUAUAUUUAUAUAUAGAUAAGAUAUAGAAGAUAGAGAUAUGAUAUGAUGUUAGAGGAUAAUCAACACGUGGCAAUAUAAUUGUUUAUAUGUUUGACGAUUC